AUGCAAAACGGCAGCCCAAACGGCCCAUCACCCCAAGAUGAACGCGUAACGCCCGUGCCCGACUCUCCGCGCCUCCAAGAUUCAGCUUUGGAAAAUCCACAAACUUCCACCCCCGGCGAGUCAAUCCCUCCCGUGCCGAGCGACAAUGAAACUGGCCGUCAACUCGAUGAGCCUCCUUCGAAGAAGCGACGCCUGACAGAUACAACCCCAUCGCGUCGCUCGACCCCCCGGCCUAUCUCGCCACCAUGGAAGAAAGUCGGCGUCGAAGGCCCGACAUCUUUCACAUUGGAGGGCCGGCGCAGAUCGUCGCGGACAAACACCGUUCCUAUGGAAAUGCAACCUCCAUCCGAUAAGCGACAUACACGUGCGGCGCAGCAAAGCUUUACGACUAAGAAUAACCGCAGUAAUGGAAAGCCAGUAACGUCAUCACCGUUAGCUUCCACCCAGUCGCGCGCCGAAGCGAAUGGAAAGCCAGGUGGCAAGCUGGUUACAAAUGGCUCCCCGAGAACUGUACCUACCAAAGGCGCGGCGGGCAAGCAGCAACCUGCGUCCCCUCCAUCGAAGCAAUCCCACUCACGUAAUCGAUCACGAAGUUCCGCUACCACACAGCGUCCUCGAAGCGGCGUGAACGGUGCCAGCCCUCGCCAAACCCGUGACCGAUCCUCCCUAUCAACUUCCUCCCUUACCCCCGCCGAGAACAUCUUCGAUACAAAUGAGAAUGGAGAAGAACUUGACUCAAGAUCCCAGGUCGUACCUCGAUUGCGAAUCAAAUUUAAAAAACCCAUCCUUCCAAUCCGACAUCCUGGCCACGUGUCUGGCAAGAAAUAUGCGAAUUUCAGAGAAUGGAUAGAUCACGAGGAUACUCCAAAUUUACUAUCAUCUGAAGAGGCGCUUGAAGAAGCCCAGAGGCGAGACGAGGUGUUGAAGGCGGCGGAGCCUGGUGGGCCGUUGAGUUCGGAGGUCUGCUCUGCAUACAUUAUGGAACAACAGGAGGAACCAUCAUCACAAUAUUCACAUCAAGAUCACUUAGUGGCGCAUGCGUUAUAUUUUCAGAAACUCUUGGAUAAGGAGCAUAAACGUCAUCGUCAGAUGGCCAAGCUUUUUGCCCAGUGGUGCGCCGACGCCUACAGAAAACGCCACAAGAACCCGGAGGACAUUCUUCGAGAGCAACAAGAAGAGAUGCGCGGUAAGCGUAAACAGCUGGGCAAAGAUCUCCAGAGGAUGUUUGACCUGGCACGCGCAGACAUUGAUCGGGUCCGUCUUGCACGAUGGGAGGAAGAGAAGAAGGUUCAAGACCAACAAGCCCUUGAUCGUGCUAUCAAGAAAUCAACUAUGCUUUUCGAAAAACGUCGCUCCGAAAUUCUCGGAGAGGUUCCUAGCGAUGCUCCUAUGUCAAGCGAUGAUGAAGAUGGGGAGACGUAUUACUCAUCAGACUCUUCAGCCGCAGAUAAUAACAGUAAUAUGUCGGGAUCCGAGUCUGAAGCCGACGAUGAAGCUAACGUGGAUGAUGACGCCAAGUUGACUGCCGAAGAGCUCCGCUCAAAGUAUGCCAAUAUGCCAGCCGAAGACACUCCUGACCAGAUGUCAGUGGUCUCUGCAUCAAUAAACGACGGCGAAGAUACACCUGAUGAUGUUGACUCUCAAGCUAUCCCUGGUGAUACUCAGCUUGAUGAUGUUGACCCAGUCUUGAUUGACGGGAGUGACGAAUCUACCGACAUGGACGACAUGAGUGAUAGUGAUGACGAGAGCGGAUUUGAGGAUGAUGAGUCUGACAACGAGUCCAAUGGCAGCGUUGCUGCAUCUGAUAUUCUCGGUUUCUUUUCGCGCAAGCAACUGGCUAAAAAAGAAGACGACACCGUUGAAAGAGAGGUGGAAGAAGUCGACGAGGAUGAUGAGGACGAUGGCGAUUUCACACCCAAAGCAACGGGAUCAGAAAAUGAGGUCGAGGAUUCAGACGAGGUCUCUCUUGCUCCCAACAGAAUUGAACAUAAUGAGGAUGAGUCGGUAUUUGAUGAGGGGACACCAUCAGAAGUCGUUGAGGCUUCCAUAGCCACCCCUGCAGACACCGAGGAUAUUUCAAUGGUUGAUACUCCCACAGAGACUGAGAUCAAUGAAAUACCCCUCCCAGCGCCCAGCGCCCCUACAGAAGAUUCCAAAAGUGUAGUAGUCUCUGAUGCCGUUCAACCAAUUGGUUCUGAGGUACUACAAGAAAACCGACCGGCCGGCGAGGCAUCUAGCGAGGCAUCUCCUGGGACCUUUGCGACCAAACCCUCUGAGCCCGAGUCUGUCUCUUCAUACGAGCCCGCUGUCGAGAAAGCGUUACAAGAGAGCCAUUCACCUGCGCCUGGUCUACAAACGCAAAUUCCACACCUUCUCCGUGGUACUUUGCGUGAGUAUCAACAUUAUGGAUUAGAUUGGCUCGCAGGCCUCUACAACAACCACAUAAACGGAAUUCUGGCAGAUGAGAUGGGUCUUGGUAAAACCAUUCAAACCAUUGCCCUUCUUGCUCAUCUUGCUGUCGAUCACGGAAUUUGGGGUCCUCACCUUGUCGUUGUACCCACCAGUGUUAUACUCAAUUGGGAAAUGGAGUUCAAGAAAUGGUGUCCCGGGUUCAAGAUCAUGACCUACUAUGGAAAUCAAGAGGAGCGCAAACAAAAACGCCGAGGUUGGACCGAUGACAACUCUUGGAAUGUGUUGAUCACUUCAUAUCAACUAGUCCUACAAGAUCAAAUUUCACUGAAGCGAAGGGCAUGGCACUACAUGGUCCUUGAUGAAGCGCACAAUAUUAAGAACUUCCGCUCGCAAAGAUGGCAAGCUCUGCUCACUUUCCGGACCCGAGCCAGGCUUCUUUUGACCGGUACACCACUACAGAACAAUUUGACUGAGCUGUGGUCUCUUCUGUUCUUCCUCAUGCCCUCCGAUGGUGAUGGCACUGGCGGUGUUGAAGGAUUCGCCGACCUCCGGGACUUCUCUGAGUGGUUCCGACGCCCCGUGGAACAUAUCCUAGAACAUGGAAGAGAGACCUUGGAUGACGAUGCCAAACAAGUAGUCACAAAGCUCCACACUGUUCUUCGUCCUUACAUCCUACGUCGAAUGAAGGCCGAUGUCGAAAAGCAAAUGCCCGGAAAAUAUGAACAUGUUAUGUAUUGUCGACUAUCGAAGCGCCAGCGUUUUCUUUACGACGGGUUCAUGUCGAUGGCUCAAACGAAGGAAACGCUUGCGUCGGGUAACUUCCUCUCAAUUAUCCACUGUCUCAUGCAGCUUCGCAAGGUUUGCAACCACCCUGAUCUCUUUGAGACAAGACCCAUCUCGACAUCUUUCGCCAUGCCUCGCUCUGUCGCUACAGAUUACACAGUGAAGGAAAGCCUCGUUCGCCGAAGACUUCUUUUUGACCAUCCUCUCACCAAAGUCGAUCUAGAUUUCCUCAAUCUGGCCCCCGUAUCUCGCGAGGAUAUCUCACGGCGAUUAGCCGAUGACAGUAUUCGACUUAUGGCGUUUGGGCCGUUCAAGAAGCUUCGUGAGCUACAAUACAACCGCACCAAUUGGGAGAUGAAGUUCAACGGGUCUACUAUGCAAACAAUACUAGAGUCGUUGGAGAAUUCCAGCCGGAAGCGAAGAAUGGCCGAGUUAGAACGGUGUUUGUAUUUCGAGUCAAAACGUCAUGGUCGUCGUCCUGUGUAUGGUAGCAGCCUAGUCGAGUUUCUGAGAGCUGGAACUAAAGAACAUGCUCUUUCGAACGCUCCCCUGCGCAAGAGCAACAUGGCCGAAUGGCUUUCAAGUCGAUCUUCUGUUCUUGCAUCAAUGAUCCUCACUCUCGACGAGCGAUCAUAUGACAUGGAUGGGUACGUUCAGAGAUUUGCGUGCGUUACCCCUGCUGCGGUCGCAUCGGGUAUGACGGAAGCCGCCUUGACUCCGGUUGAGACACGACUUCUCACAAACACUGCCAAAGAGCAGGCCUAUGACCCAUUCCACGAAGCUCGCAUGCGUCUCUCAAUUGCCUUCCCCGAUAAGCGAUUGCUGCAAUAUGAUUGUGGUAAGCUACAACGGCUGGACAAACUACUACGCGACCUGAAGGCUGGCGGGCACCGUGCCUUGAUCUUCACGCAGAUGACCAAGAUGCUGGAUAUCCUGGAACAGUUUCUCAAUAUCCAUGGCCACCGGUACCUUCGUUUGGACGGAACCACAAAGGUCGAAUCGAGACAGAUGUUGACCGAGCGGUUCAACAGUGACCCUCGAAUCCUGGCUUUCAUUCUAUCUAGUCGAUCGGGUGGUUUGGGUAUCAACUUGACUGGUGCCGACACCGUAAUCUUCUACGAUCUGGACUGGAACCCUGCUAUGGACAAACAAUGUCAAGACCGUUGUCAUCGUAUUGGACAGACCCGGGAUGUUCAUAUUUACCGCUUUGUGUCCGAGUACACCAUCGAGUCCAACAUCCUUCGCAAAGCCAAUCAAAAGCGAAUGCUCGAUGACGUGAUCAUCCAAGAAGGAGAGUUCACAACGGAUUACUUCACCAAGCUGAAUUCUCAGGCUGUAGAAGAGCCCGAUGCACGAGAGGGUAACGACGAAGCUACUGCGGCCAUGGACCGUGUCCUUGGGAAUCGAGUUGCAACAACUGGUUCUCGCGCCUUUGAGCAAGUCGAGGAUAAAGAGGAUAUCGAUGCGGCCAAAAACGCACAAAAGGAACUGGAACAUGCAGACGACGGCGACUUCGAAGACCGCAGCCCUUCACAUGGGACUCCGGCACAACCGGGUACCCCAUUGCCAGGUUCUGGCGAAGGUCAAACUUCCGUUGCGCCCGAUGAUGCAGGGGCAGACGUUUUCGAACCAGGGCACAUUGAUGAAUAUUUGCUUCGUUUCAUGGAAUGGAACAUGCGUGAUGAGCCUCUAGUGCUGCCUCUAGACAAGAGCAAGAAAAAGUCUAAGAAGGGCAAAGAGCACCACCUCAAACGCCGCCGCUGA